UGAACUUGCGCAGGUACUCUGGAGGCAAGGAUGGAGUGAUCUGCGCUUGGGACAUCAAUCUCGACCAAAGCGAGAAUCGCACAAUCGACCAGUCUUCUGCGGCCUCCGCCAAGACGACGACCAAAUUUCGCGCGGAGGUGCAAGCCCACCACAACACCGUCCGCGACCUUGUCCUUGCGCAGAACAAUACGGCUGUCGUUACAGCCUCCACGGACUUGACGGUCAAGGUCUGGCGACCACACUCUGAGGCACAUGCGGAACCUCUCGAGAUCGGGCGGCAUGCCGAUUAUGCCAACCGCUUGGCAGUGCCGCCCGGCGACAUGGGCCUCAACUGGGUAGCUUCUGGAGGUCUCGACAGGAAGGUCUGUCUCUGGGAUCUCAAUGGUGGUGGCAAGACCCUCGAGAUUGACACGCAGGGCGAGGACAAACCGGAAAAGGGCUCUGUAUACGCACUGAGCGCCGGGCGCAAUAUUAUUGCGGUCGGCAGUCCCGAAAAGACGGUGCGCUUGUACGACUCUCGAUCGGGCACCAGAUUCUCCAAGAUGGUUGGCCACACGGACAACAUUCGCUCCAUCCUUAUUGGCGAUUCAGGAGAACUCAUCUUGAGCGCCAGUGCGGACAAGACCAUCAAGAUGUGGAGUACCCGAGCUGGUCGCUGCCUGUACACCUUCACCAUGCACGAUGCCCCUGUUUGGGCGCUACGAUCUGAUCACCCGGAACUUCGCGUCUUCCACAGCGCUGACCGCGACGGUCUCAUUGCCAAGACUGACGUGCGUGGCAAGCUUGAGGACAUGGACAACGGUCUGAGCUUAGCUGUGGCCCAGGAGCACAACAAGGUAUGGGGGAUGACCGUUGCUGACGGGCACAUAUGGACGGCGACAAUGCAGUCCUCCAUCAACCGCUGGGCCGAUAUCGAUAUGGACGACUAUUCUUACCUGAGGGAAAGCAUGAAGCGCCAUAGGGGUGCUUCAGUCGCGUCUCGAGGACCACGACCAAUGUCAAUUUCUGCGGUGGAUGGCUCGGAACAGAAGAAGGUAUCACCACAGUCGAUUCUCCAGCUCUCGAAUACAGCCCCUGUCCCCUUCCGACCUGCGAGUGUCUCCGCACCGGCAGCCGCAGUUGCCAAAGGGGGGGCCACAGAGUCUCCGGCUGCUGCUCCCACUACCGGAACACAAUUACCUGGGCUGUCGCUAGAUGAGCCAUCCGUUAAACCUAUACACCAGAACCCCACGGAGACUAUUGAAGGCCAAUUCGGGCUGCUCAAGCACCAGCUUCUCAACGAUAGGCGGCGGGUACUGACAGUGGAUACUGCGGGCGAGGUAGUCAUGUGGGAUCUCAUACAGUGUCGACAGAUGGAGAGCUUUGGAAAGAUGCAUCUGGACGAGGUCGCUGAGAUGAGGAACACACCCGAAGCCGUGGCUCCAUGGUGUCAUAUUGACCUUGCCUCCGGCAAUCUCACUGUCGUUUUGGAGCAGUACAACUGCUUCGAUGCGGAGGUGUACGCCGAUCAGUUGAAGCUCGAGGAGGCAGUGGAGUUCAGAGAGGAUCAGAGGAUUUCGCUGGGUCGAUGGAUCCUGCGCUCCCUGUUUGCAAACCUCAUCGAUGAGGAGCUGAAGCGUGACGAGGUGUACCGAGCAGCACUGAACGAGGGUGUGGAGAAGCGGCAGGUUGCAAGUCGCGCCAAUGCGCCUACAUCCAUCCCUCUCCCUCCACAGAAUAUGGCUGGCUGGGAGACACCAGAUCAGACGACAACGCCCAGAGCGAACGGGCUGCACAUGCCCACUACGACCCCAGGAUUGGCCAUCAACCAGGCUACUCCAGGCCCAGGGCUUACGGGUGUGUCUGAAAAUGCCGUUGCGACGCCGCUCAGCCCUCUAGAAAAGCGGCAGUCACACACCAGCCGCCCAUCAGGGGAUCAUGAUUAUUUCACAAGCACGAUUGGCCCAGCUGAUACAGCGGCGAAGGCCCCGGCCACGCCCUCCACGCCAGCUGCGGAGACCACGGACGCCGACAAAACCAAGGACAAGGCUCAGGACACGGCAAAGUCACCCACGAGUGCGUUUGGCAAAAAGUUCCGCAUGUCCUUUGGAACCAAGAAGAUUGGGCGCUCGGCAUCGCAAACCGCCACCGAGAAGCCAGUCAUUCCAGAAGAGAAGGCGGAAGAGUCCGAAGCCUCGUCAACCCAUGAGAAAGAAGUCGAGGACAACUUCCUUGGCGUCAUACAGAAGAUGCGAAACGACUACGACAGACAGCUCAUUGAGCAGCCUGACCAGUUGGUCGAGACGCGCAUGUCGCCAAGCUUGCCCAAUGAGACGCCCGUGCUCAAGCUUCCGCCCAAUACCAAGAUCUUCAUCCAGGAGGAGACUUCUGGCAGCGUUGCCAACGUCUACGAAGGUACCAUCGCAGGCGUCGGUGCCGAUGCCGAUGUGAUAGAGCACAAGGCCCCCAUGUGGCUUGGUCAUGUCCUCCUUCAGAACCAGAUCACGUCCAAGGAACCGGUUAAGAUCUCCUUUGUGCUUCACCCUCUGGGCGACUUGCCGCCAGUCGCCUCAGCGGAUGGCAACAACAGGCUCAACGCUAACCGCAUGCUGCGUGUUAAGAAGAUCAUUGGUUAUGUCGUGGAGCGGAUCGAGCAACCAGCGGAGGAGCCGGAGGAGAAUCCACUGAAGCCGGAGGAGUACAUGGAGCUCUACUGCAACGGCCAGUUGCUGGAUCCACUGAUGAGCUUGGCGACACUGCGGACUCACGUCUGGAAAAGCGGAAACGACAUUGUCCUUCAGUACAAGGCGAAUGGCCGCAAGGAGAUGCGAUUUGCGCCGCCGCCGGAGGAGCCUGCUCCCGAGCCUGAAGCCGGUCAGGAUGGCGGGAUCAUAGGGGAGGCCCAGCCGACAGCGCCACCUGCGGCUCCAGCGCAAGCGACAUGAUCCCAGGCUGAAGCCGUAUUAUAUACCGUCUAUCUUGUAUAUACGCACACCAGCGCUCCGUUUCUAUAGCGUUCCUAU